UAUGCUAAUGAUCCUGUCAAGCUCAUCGCCUUGCUCACUUGUUCAUGUACUACUGUUAAGUAUUCUAUUCGAAAUACAAGUAACAAAGUUGGUAUCCUUUGUAUGGAAAUGGAAGUUGUUAAAGGAUAUCAUGCUUCAGUGUAGGCCUGCAAUCUUUUGCCACUUACAAUCACAAAAAUUCCUAGUCUGGUUUUAAUAAGGUUUUUCAUAGAUGGGUAUUUUUAAUAAAUUUUUACUUCCAUUUACAAUAUUAUUUGAAAUGUUAACCGUGCGGCUAAAUGGAUAUUAGAGCUACUAGAGAACCUAAGGUCUAGAGAUCAAAUCUCUCUUCAUGCACCUGAUGUUGCAUGCUUCUAGAGGCUGACUGGCAGUGUUCUGGAGUUGAUUCUCUCUCAGGCUGUGUCCUAGUCAAUCUCAAAUAUGAUGCCUCAAAAUCCGGUGUUGCCCAAGAAACAAUACAGAACACUAUCCGGAGAGGAAGUAAAGUGAUGACGGAACAAGAGGCUAGACAAAUUCUUGGCGUAACUGAGCAAACUUCUUGGGAAGAGAUAAUACAAAAAUAUGAUGGUUUAUUCGAGAGAAACGCCAAGAACGGUAGCUUUUACCUCCAGUCAAAAGUUCAUCGGGCGAAGGAAUGUUUAGAGGCUGUACAUCAAGGCAAAGGCGAGGACAACCCUAGUUAAGAAAAAGGCCAGAAGGUUCUUAGUUCCUCUGCACUUACUGACCCUUGUAUUACUAAAUUUUGUUUCGAUGAGGUUUGUUAAAAAACAAUUUUAAAAAUUGCAUACAUAAUUUUGUUACA